AGUCGGAGUGUCGAAGUCGUUGUCUAAAGUGUUUGACGUUAUAUUUGACUUCGAUCCCGGUUGGGUGUAUUUAUGGCGUGAUUUUUUAUUUAUUUUAUAAUUAUAUGACAGUGAGUUCAUGACUUAAAAAUACAGUGAAAUAUUAUAAGUUUAGUGUUGACAAUGUUACGUGCGUUGCUGGAUAAAUUUUGGGAUGAAGAUUUGUGGCUGCCGCCGAAUACAACUUGGGAAGAUAUAACUCCUGGGCCAGAUAAAGCAGUGGUUUAUUCUGACUAUAGACAUCUUUUGUAUCCUAUACCUUUGGCUCUUGUGCUUAUAGUCAUACGGCAUGCAUUGGAAAAGUACUGGUAUGCACCGUUUGGAAAGUCAUUAGGUAUUAAGAACACAAGAUCAAAGAAAGCACCAAACAAUCCAACAUUAGAAGCAGCUUAUAUCAAUUGUUCAAAAAUUAAACACAAACAAAUAUGCGCGUUAGCGAAACAGUUGGACUUAUCAGAACGGCAGGUAGAGAGGUGGUGGCGUCUCCGUCGUAGUCAGGACAAACCUUCGACGCUCGUCAAAUUUUGCGAGAAUGCGUGGAGGUGUAACUUCUAUAUUUUUAACUUCUCCUACGGGUUCUUUAUCUUGUCGGACAAGGAGUGGCUCUGGGAUAUCGAUCAGUGUUACAUUGGGUAUCCUCAUCAGGGUCUAACUAGCGACGUGUGGUGGUAUUACAUGAUAUCAGCAGCGUUCUACUGGUCGCUGACACUGUCGCAGUUCUCGGACGUGAGACGCAAAGAUUUCUGGCAGAUGUUUGUGCACCACCUCGCGACCAUUGCGUUGCUGUCCUUUAGCUGGGUCUGCAACCUGUAUCGUAUCGGGACGCUGGUGCUGUUGCUGCACGAUUGUGCUGAAAUAUUCUUAGAGGCUGCGAAGGCGUCGAAAUACGCGAAUUAUCAGAAGCUAUGUGACGCUAUAUUUACAGUUUUUACAAUACUCUGGAUCGUUACGAGAUUGGGAAUAUAUCCGUUCUACAUUAUUUGGAGCACGUCAAUACGAGCACCGAUGCUAUUGCCGAUGUUCCCUGCGUACUACUUCUUCAAUUCCCUGCUGUGUUUGUUACUGGUCCUCCAUUUGGUGUGGACGUGGCUGAUAUUGCAGGUCGCUUAUAAAGCAAUCAAUGCAGGAAAGAUAGAAGGCGAUAUCAGAAGUUCUAGCUCAGACGUCAGCGAUAGUUCUCAUCAGUCCAAUCACAGCACGCCUAAUAGAUACAAUAGCAAAAAGAGUACAUAGGGGUCAGCAUUUUUAUAUCAGCAUCCAAUUGGACAUCAGCGGUGUGGAGAACGUAAAUACAUUUUAAUAUAUCGAAUAAUAUCACAAGCGCUAUGAUUUACACUAAAAUAACCCAGCUUAGACGAAAAACACCGAAUAUGCUAUUAAUUUGUCCCAAGCAACACUAUGUGAAGUCAGUGUUGCCAUGUUACACUGUCUUUUUGUUUUUAUUUUUAAGAUUGUUUUUAUAAUUAUAGUUUUAUUUUUUUUAGUAGUAUUUAAUAUGGAAUUUUAAUUAACCAUAUUUUUUUCUUUUAUAAAUUAUUUUAAUCCUGUCUUUGUUGAUGGGAUUUUUUUGUUGUCUGUACCAAAGUUUCCGAGUCAAAAUUCCAAAUCGUAGGUUAGUCGUUAAUGUAAAAUUAAUACACCAAAAAGUUUUUUUUUUUAUAUUUCGUUAUAUAUUUAGAUAAUUAAAAUUAAUGUUCCUUCGCUUUUUGCAUUUAUUUUAUGUGGGUCAGGUGUUCGUAAAAAACGGCAUGGGACCACCGUCGGUUAAGUUAAUUUAAAAAGAAUACUUUUAGUGAAUAGUUCUUUCUGUAGGUAAUUCCAAUGGCAGAGGGGGUAAUGAUAACUAAACAAUUGGAUCUUGAAUUGACAUUUGAUUCGAUUGAGUAUUUAUAAUGGAUUCGUACAAAAAUGUCGGCGAAGAUGUUAUCGGAGCUAAGGAAUAUUAUUUAUAUGCUAUGUGCAACAGUGUUGUAUUUAAAAUAAAGACAUAUUAAUAAAGAACUGAUUAUAGUGUACAAAAAAGCGGAGCUAUUUGCAAAUCGCAUGGAAAAUGUAAAUCUAAGGUUUGUUCAUCUCUAGUCCUUCUGCCAUUGAAAUGUACUAUAAUUCCUUUACAUAAUAGCACAAAACAAUCAUAUAGAAAUAAGAAUUAAAUAAUGAAAAUGUUACAUAUUACA